UUCAUUUGUGAUGUGAAGCUGCUUCAGUUGGGUGGUGAGUCUGCUGCAGCGGCUGUUCCUGCCGCCAGAGGGCGCUGUGGGACGCUGCGGGGCGGGAGGCGACGAUGCGGAACAUGCGGCAGAUUCUUGGACCUGAUUCUUCUGGGCACUGAGGCGGGUUGGGAUCAUAUCGGAUCCCGGAUCAGGUUUAGAUCGGAUCCACCUCUAGGAAGGAAGGAUGAGCCGCGCAGCAGCAGGAGGAGGAGAAGGAGGAAGACUCGUCACCUUCUUUCUUUUCUCUCUAAUUUGGACUCAGCUGGUGAUCUCAGAAUCGCGUUCCAGCGACCAUGUACUGCAUCGGUCUCCUCACGGUGCUCAGGAUCUGUAUCCUCAGCAGAAAAACCCGCCAGAGUCCCGUCACCACCAUCACCGCCAUCAGUACUCUGCUGGCUUCGCCAAAGUGUUUCCUGCCACUCUGUUGGGUUCCCAGUUCCACCAGGACGCCGGCGUCCAGCGAAGCCUCGAUCUGCUGGAGCGUCCAGAGCACGAGGUCGUGCCGGAGCACGUUGUGGUGUCUGCACAGCACCUGGUUACCGUGGACCUGGCUGUGGAUGUGCGGAGGUUAAACACCAGUCUUCUUCACUGGUUUCGUGAAGGUGUAGCAGCAGCAUUGGGCGUACCUGUGAGACUCGUGCACAUUAACCGGCUAAAUGAGAAGAAGAACGGCAUCGAGCUUUUCGUGUCUUCGGAUUGGCCAGGGAACUCUGAGCCCCGCCCAGCCGAAGAGGUCAUCCGGUCUCUGAACGUCCAGGUUCUGCAUCGCCACCUGGGACACUUUGGCAUCACUGAGGUCUCCACAGAGAAGAACGUCCUGCAGGGGGCGCUGUGGCACCAUGGGAGGAACCCGAGGGACAUUUAUCCCAUCAUCUUCUUCUGCAUCACCUUCAUCAUCUGCUUCACCUGGUUCUUGGUUUUGUUUCAACUUAAAAAGAAGGUUCAGGUUUCUGACAGACAGCUGAAAGCGCCGUCCCCAAAACUCCCCCGGACGCCAACCACUCCUUCAGACUCUGCCCAGAGGUCAAAGGGCACCAAGGUUUUGACGUCAGAAAGCAUGGUCCAAGUUGAACUCCCUGUAGCUGUAGCCACACCCACUCCCCAGCAACAGCCAAUCACAGCCUGUUAUCGCCCAGGACCUCCUACCAGUUCUUUGCUGAGCCCCACCCCCAUCUUUAGUGAAGACUCCCCCCCGUUGACCAACAGUGCCUCGGUGACUGCCAAUAACGAACUAAAACCCUGCUCCUCCCCCUUCAGGAUGAAACCUGCAGCAGGACUGCAAGAAAGACGAGGUUCUAAUGUCUCUCUGGUGUUGGACAUGUCUGCUCUGGGUGCUGUGGAGCCGCUCAGUGUUGCCGUGGUAACCCCCAGGGAGACGGCGGCCAAGGAGUACCUGCUGUCUGCCGGCCGACCAAUAACACAGCAGCAGCUUCGUGACAUCAUCAACAACACACACAAGCUUCAUGCAGAAUUUGCAGAAAUUCCCAUGAAUUUUAUUGAUCCCAAGGAGCUGGAUAUUCCAAACCAUGGAACCAAGAACAGAUACAAGACCAUCCUCCCCAACCCUCAUUCCAGAGUGGUCCUGAAGUCAAACAGCAGCAACGACCUGCUGGGCUCCUACAUCAACGCUAAUUACAUACGGGGUUACCAAGGUGACGAGAAGGUGUACAUUGCCACUCAGGGACCCAUGGUGAAUACAGUGAGUGACUUCUGGCAGAUGGCGUUUCAAGAGGAGUCGCCUGUCAUCAUCAUGAUCACCAAACUGAAAGAGAAGAACGAGAAAUGUGUUCUGUAUUGGCCGGAGAAGCGGGGGAUCUAUGGGAGGGUCGAAGUGUUGGUCAGUGGCGUCAGAGAGUGUGAACAUUACACCGCACGCAGCCUCACGCUUAAGUGUGGGAAUCAAACCCCAACCCUUCAGCAUUACUGGUACACAUCAUGGCCUGACCACAAAACCCCCGACUCAGCGCUGCCGCUGCUGCAGCUGAUGAACGACGUUGAGAUGGACAGACGGAAUGCCACCACUGCGGGACCGGUUAUUGUCCACUGCAGUGCCGGGAUCGGCCGCACAGGCUGUUUCAUCGCCACGACGAUAGGCUGUCGGCAGCUGCAGCUGGAAGGAGUCGUGGAUGUGCUGAGCAUCACUUGUCAACUUCGAGCCGACAGAGGUGGUAUGAUCCAGACAGGUGAGCAGUACGAGUUUGUCCAUCACGCCUUGAGCAUGUAUGAAGCCCGCCUCCCUGCAGAACCCGGCCAAUGA